CUAUUUCCGAAUGGUCAGUGAAGGCAGCGUUCCACCUCCUAAAGCGCAUCCAUGGGUAUUCCCAUAUGACGUGAACGCAGCGCAGGACGACAGGAGGCAGAGGUGAAAAGUCUGGAUCAUGUUGUCAUUCCAGCAGAGGUACACAUGAACGGCACAGGAGGAAAAAAAAGGACACGGUAAAUAAGCAUCAGCGAGUCGGCCAGCCGCGGCGCGAUCCGGCCCUGUUCCUACAGCGAGCACGUUGAUGGUGUUUUUUUUUUUUUUUUUUUUUUUUUUUUUAACCAGCCAGUGUGAGCAAGCUGAAAUCUGUUAUCGAGCUAACGGAGGAGCCUGUUAGCUAACGGCCACCAUCAUCGCUCCUCGCCAGCUGCGAAUCGCCCUGUCUUCCUACGAUGGGAAACGCAGCGACUGCCAAGAAAGGAAACGAGCAGGAAAGCGAGACUUUUGUGAAAGAGUUCUUAGCUAAAGCCAAAGAAGACUUUUUAAGAAAAUGGGAGUGUCCCGCACAGUGUACAACCACCCUGGAUGAGUUUGAAAGGUUCAAGACUCUGGGCACUGGCUCGUUUGGACGCGUAAUGCUCGUGAGGCAUAAAGGAACAAACCAGUUCUACGCCAUGAAGAUCUUGGACAAGCAGAAAGUGGUGAAGUUGAAGCAGAUAGAACACACACUAAAUGAAAAGAAAAUACUACAGGCCGUCUCCUUCCCGUUCCUCGUCAGAUUGGAGUACGCUUUCAAGACCAACUCAAACCUCUACAUGGUGAUGGAAUAUGUGCCCGGUGGAGAAAUGUUCUCACACCUCCGACGCACGGGCAGGGUCAGUGAACAUCAUGCAAGAUUUUAUGCAGCUCAGAUCGUGCUCACCUUCGAGUACCUUCACUCCUUAGACCUCAUCUACAGAGACUUGAAGCCUGAAAACCUGCUCAUAGAUCAACAUGGAUACAUCCAGGUCACAGACUUUGGCUUUGCCAAACGAGUGAAAGGCAGAACCUGGACAUUGUGUGGAACCCCUGAGUACCUGGCUCCAGAAAUCAUCCUCAGCAAGGGCUACAACAAAGCUGUUGACUGGUGGGCCCUUGGAGUUCUUAUCUAUGAGAUGGCCGCUGGUUACCCUCCAUUUUUUGCUGAUCAGCCGAUACAGAUCUAUGAAAAGAUUGUGUCUGGAAAGUGCAGCUCUCUUCCUCGUCCCACUCCGACCACAGCCGCCGCUCAGACACACCGAGGCCUCCUUGGUGAACGCGUCUGCUUCCAGCCGUGUUUCCAAGACUACUCAGGGCUCGUGGUGUGUAACGCCAUUACUACCGACCACUGA